GAAACACUGAGACAUUGAAUUAUGUAAAUCUAAAUAGCAUCUGGAAAAAUGGACAUGAUGUAAAACUUUUGACUGGUAGUUCAAAGAAAUCUGUUUGUGAAAUGACAAACUCUUCUAACUGAAGAAAAUAGCGUGUUCUUAUAGGAACCAAUAACUCAUAUGCUUUUGACCCUUUCUCUUAGUUCACCAUGAUGCAUGCAGCCCUGAGUAUCUGGAUCUUAUCAGCAGUGGUCUGCCUGGGAAGAAGCAAUCCCCAUUUAGGUCAUGGCAAGGAAAAGACAUGCCAAGACACUGCAGUUGACCCUGGUACCAGCAGUGUCUCACUGGUGACUUCAGCAAACAAAGAGUUUACCUACAGUCUGUACAGGAAGUUAGCGGCUCAUGCUGACUUACAGGGCAAGAACAUCUUCUUCUCACCAAGAAGUGUGUCCAUGGCCUUGGCUGCCCUGUCUGUAGGAGCACGGGGGGAGACCCACGAACAGCUUUUCAGCGGUCUGGGCUUCAACAGCUCCCUACUGACACAGGCAAAUGUAGAUCAGGCUUGCCAUACAAUCCUCGAAAGGUCAAACAAGCUGUCUCAAGAAGACACCAGUGAAGGGACGGCUGUGUUCAUGGAUAACUGCUUCAAGCCACAACCUGAUUUCCUGGAGGUCUUGAAGAAGUCAUACUUUUCAGAGGGGUUUAAUGUUGACUUCUCCAAAACCACAGACAGCGCCAAUACCAUCAAUACGUAUGUGGCAGAGAAGACCAAAGGGAAGAUAGACAAGUUGGUUGAAAAUCUGGCUCCAAACACAGUCAUGUAUCUCAUCAGCUACAUCUACUUCAAAGGAAAGUGGCAGACUCCAUUUGACCCUAAACUGACCAAGGAGGAGGAUUUCAUUGUGGCUGAGAACACCAAGGUUCCAGUGCAGAUGAUGAAUAUGGAGGAAGAUGUUGACGUCUAUCAUGACCUUCCAAUUAACACAUCAGUCCUCCACCUUCCCUUCAACAGCUCCUACUCCAUGCUGCUGAUGUUGCCUAAUAAUAUGGCAGAACUGGAGACUGCCAUUUCCCCAGGCCAUGUCACCAAAUGGCUGAAGUGGAUGAAAUCCAGGACAUAUGACAUAUUUGUUCCAAAGUUCUCCAUCAAGAAUUCCUACAAGCUGAAUGAUGUGUUGAAUCAAAUGGGAAUGACAGACAUGUUUGGUGAUCGUGCAGACCUGAGUGGCAUAUCAGAGGGGCAAAAACUGGCAGUGUCAGAGGUCGUGCACCAAGCUACCCUGGAUGUGGAUGAGGCCGGAGCCAUCGCCACAGCUGCCACAGGCAUCGGCAUCAUGCCUCUGUCCCUCCAAUACAUCCCUGUCAUGAGGUUCAAUCGUCCAUUUAUGGUCAUCAUCAUUGACCGUAUCACAGAAGAAACCCUCUUCAUUGGCAAGAUUACCAACCCAAACGAAUGAUGACAGAAAGAUUUUGUGUUGGCUCAAGCACAGCUGUUGCAUCAGAUAUAAAAUAUAA